AUGGCAUCAUCUCAAACCAGUGCCGCCGAACGUACUCGGAGCUUCACCGGAUGUCGGACGUGCCGCAACAGACACGCAAAGUGUGAUGAGGGUCAACCAAAGUGUGGUAACUGCCAGCGACUUGGCCUCGAGUGCGAGGGAUACGUUCCGAAACUUUGCUGGUUGAAUGAUGAUCCAGUUAACAAAGAUGAGCACCGGGCCGCCCACCGUGGCUCACUGUAUAGGUUCCCACUCUCUUCCGAAUCAGAACGACGGCUCAUGACCGCCAAGCUCGUAGAGAGUGUAGGCAAACAAAAUUCUACCAAACUCCUCGCAGAUCUCGACGAAGCUUGUGAAAAAGCCGUUUCUCAUAAUGGGAAAUGCAGCGUCAACCUUUUCAAGGGCCCGUUUGGCGUCUUUCCGGCAGUGGAGUCAAAGCCGGCGUCGUCACCGUCCACGGCUACACAAACUCAUCCCGCAGACCAGCCAUCGGAGGCUCCGGGCCCCGUCUUUGAUUUCGAUGAAGACGACGCCUUAGUUGAGAAUAUCCACCGAGAUGUUGAUAUUGGUCUGAUCGACCCGUUUGAUCAUGACAUGCUCUUCAAUUCUACCGACAGGAACUUUAAUUUUGAUCUGCUCGACCCGGCACUGCUGGACGUAUCUCCAUCCGUCAAGCUACCAGACGGUCAUCUCUCUGCAUUGGUCGAAUCUGAUAUUCUACCGCAGGAAUCCAUGGACUUGACAUUCAGUCCCCGGCCUCUGACCCAGCUGGGGUCACCUCCUCCACCAUCGUUGUUUAUAAGUCCAGGAUACAGCAAUGCCAACGGCGUUGCUAUACCAGAACAUGCUCAGCCUUUGCUAUGCUAUUAUAAACAAUGCAUAGAUCAUACUGGUAAAGCGUUCAAACCGAGGCGUCGAUCGCCAGGGGAACUACUUUUCCUGCCUUGCGCCCUCGAGACAUUUGCAGAAUUGUCAUUAUGGAACACCACCUCGAGCGCCCGCUCGGCUCUUUUGUAUGCCGUGCUUGCCAAUAGUGCGUUUCAAGCAGAUCGCGCCGCGCUUUGCCAAACCAAAUGGCGUGAUAUCGCCGUUAGACAUCAAGCGCAGGCGGGUAGGCAUCUGCGUGAUGCCUUGCUCCGAGAGACAACUGGCCCUAGCCAGGUCGCGUACAAGGAUCUUUUGAUGGCGAUUCUUGCCGUCGCCAUGAUCUCAUUAUUCAAUGGAGCCCAUACGUUCCGCUCGUAUCUCCUCGACGCCGAAAAGCUGAUUCGACUUCGAGGAUUGAUAGAGCAAAAGUCUACGCCGAUACGGUUGCUUCACCACAUGUAUACACAUUUGCGGAUAAUUACAGAAAGCUUCUCCACGGAAUUUGCCAUCGACUUUGGCCAUGAUGAUAACGACAGCAACAAGACCGCCGUCUCUCAAGCCAGGGCAUUUCGCACGGCAGAGAAUGCUCUCAACAUUGGCCUCGACCCGGCUUUUGUAAAGACGGGCGAUGACGGUUACAAUGAUAUCCACUUGGACGUGCAGGGCCGAUGGAGCAAGACCAUGUAUCCGUCCAUUUACAAUAUCCCCGAGUCACUCAUGACUAUGCUGUCACAGACGAUAUCCUUUGCCAAUGAAAAGGCUCGACUGGAAACCAUUGCAGCCACUAACCCAGCCGUCUCUGCAUCGCUUACAGAUCACGCCAAGACACUGGAGGGCGUCAUUUGGUCCUGGGAGUUGCCAGAGAUACAAGCUGGAUCACUGUCCCGCGCAUCAAUUGGGCUAGACGACGAAGACAAUAACGCGCACCUUGAGAGCCAGCACUCGCGGUCCAUGAUCUUGGCCAUUCACCAAGCCCUGCUCAUCUACUUUUACCGGCGUGUCUACAAUAUGAACGCCAUGCUUCUACAAGACCGCGUACGUCAGACCCUCGACUAUCUGGAGCCGUGUCUGACCCUGGAGUGGUGGAUCGAGGAUCAGGACUUUGCCACGAGUCUGGCCUGGUCCGUCUUUAUCGCCGCGUGCGAAGCCGUCUUGCCCGUUCUCCGGCAGCGCGCGCUCGAUAUCCUCACGACGAUUGAUAACCGGGGCAUCUUCUUUACUUCGGCUCCGCCCACGGAGGUGGUUACGGCAAUAUGGCAGCGGCGGGAAGUUUUGAAAGCUACAUGA